CACGACGAGCGCCUCAAACUCUUCUGUGAGGAGGACGAGGAAGCCAUCUGUGUGGUGUGCCGGGAGUCCCUGCACCACCGCUCCCACACUGUCUACCCCAUCGAGGAGGCCGUGCAGGUGUACAAGGUCAAACUCCAGAAAUCCCUGGAGAAUCUUCUGAAGGAAGUGGAGGACGUGAAGAAGCGUGAGUCAGCGGAAAAAAUGAAAACCCAGGAGUGCAAGGAGACAGUAAAGAAGAAGCGGGAGAGGAUUGUGAGCGAGUUCGGGAAGUUGCAUCGGCUGCUGGCUGACGAGGAGAAGCUGCUGCUCCAGAAGCUGGAGGAGGAGGAGAAACGGAUUCUGCUGCUGAUCAAUGAAAACCUGACCAGGCUGGUGGAACAGAAGUCUUUGCUGGAGGAGCUGAUCCUGGAGAUAAAGGAGAAGAGCCAGCAGCCAGCUGACUGGCUGCUCAAGGACAUGAAAAGCAUCCUAAGCAGGUGUGAGGAGAUAAAGUUCCAGUCCCCCAAAGCUGUGUCUGUGACCCUGAAGGAAAACUACAGCAUCCCCGAGCGCUGCCUGGGCAUGAGGGACAUGCUGAAGAGGUUCAAAGUGGAUGUGACUCUGGACCCCGAGACGGCACACCCUGACCUCACCCUGUCUGAGGACCGCAAGAGCGUGCGGCGCGGGAGCAAGAAGCUGCUUCUGUCUCUCUUCGAAAACUCCAAGAGGUUCGGCACCUCCGGUGGAGACAAGCCCGAGUGGGGCUUGGGGCUGUGCCGGGAGUCGGCCAGCCGGAAAGGCAACGUCCUCUUCUCCCCAAACAAUGGCUACUGGGUGCUGCGGCUGCAAAACAGUGGCAGCUACGAGGCCCUCACCUCGCCCAUCUCCCCACUGACCCUGAGUGUGAGACCCCGGCGUGUCGGCGUCUUCCUGGACUAUGAGGCAGGAGAAAUCUCCUUUUACAAUGUGAGCGACCGCUCCCAUAUCUACACCUUCACUGACAGGUUUUCAGGGAAUCUACGGCCCCUCUUUUUUCUCGGUGCCUUUUUGGGGGGCAGAAAUGCAGAGCCCUUGGUGAUCUCCUGGGUCAGGGACACGCAGGGGACAGGAUGCAUCAUCCUGUGA